GUGGCAAUGCUGCAGCCCACGUGCGAGGUCGGCACAGGCUUGCUGAUGAUGUCCGCAGCGGUGGACAAUGACCCUGUGGCGCAGAAACUCGUGAAGGAGGGGGUGCUCUACGAGGUGCUGGGCCCUGAUGUCAUGCUUGGCGAGAAGAACUGCUCCAUCAUGGCCCGGGCCAUUAAUCGGCCACAGGCGUUCUCCAUGCGGAUGUCGGAGCUGGAGGCGAUGAAAGUACUCUCCACAGAGAUCAAGAACGCAAAGGAAGACGGCAGCGACGCAAUCGCCCACGAGAACGCGAUGCAGGCGGCAGGUGCCCGACUGGGGAGCUUCCCCUCCGACCCCCCCUUCUGCGACUUCAUCAACUUCAUCCUGAGCCUGGGCGCCGACGGGGGCCCUCGCAUACGGGAGCUCAUCGACUUCGUCGAGACGCGCGUCAAUUCUGCCACGAGAAUGUCGCGCCUGCCUGCGAUCGGCCUCGCGGGCGAGGUGAGCACGCAGUUCCCCCGCGUGAAGGUGGCCGUCGUCAUGCGGCCCUACAGGUUGCCGCCCAAGAAGGCUUCCAAACAGACGGGGGCGCCGGGCUGGUGCAUCGAGCCCGAAGGCGCGCAGCAGCCAACCCUGGGGCCGCAGUUGCGGCUCAUGGAGGGUGUUCCCCACGCGCGCCACGCGGCCCUGAGGGCCGACAUCGCGACAUCGCUCGUGGCAACCUUCCAGGCACAGGAGGACUGGAGCUGGCUCGACUUUGCAACGCUGCCGCCCGAAGAAAAGACAACCGCAGCGUCGGUUCAGGAAAAGGGGGGCGGGGCCGCCGCGCAGCCCGCGGCAGCCGCCAGGGACAUGGGCAAGAAGGAGGCCUACAUGGGAGCGGUGCUGCACGUGCUACGGGAGAAGCACUUGCAGAACGAAGUUCUGGAUGCGAGCAGCCACAGCGACAAGGUUCACGUGGCAGUGUGGGCCAAGAGCCCCGAUGAGCCUGUGAAGAUUUCUUUCUACAUACAUCCAGAGUUUACCGCGCCCGAAAGCAUGGCGCCCUACGACGCGGGGCAGACGGGCCCCGCUCAACGAGAGUGGAAGUGGGCGGGCAAGGAGCCCACGCACCCCUUCUGGAGCGUGACGAAGCUCACGGCCGAAGAGCUUGGAACGCGAAACGUCGCAGAAGCAGCGGCAGGGCGAGCGCGUUUCAACGUGGAGCUCGCGCCGAAGGAAGUGAACGUAGUCAUCUGCGGUCGGGUCAUCUGCGUCCGAGUCCCAGUGACGACCAACGCGGUGGAUCUUCUGGCGGGCGAGGAACUGAUCAUGGAAGACACGCAUGUGAAGAGGAAGAAGGAAGCGGCCCCGACCGACUGGAGGACAGCCGCGAAGAAGGCCAUAACGAAGGCGAAGAGCCAGCCGCAGCAGCGCAAAACCGUUUUCGACGAAAAUGGCCGCCAGGACAUCUGA